UAAGCGAAGACUUGGCCUUGGAACAGGCCGCAGUUGCACCUCGAGGUAGCGGCUUCUGUUGGCGACCGUUCCGCCAUCAGUCCAACUGUGAAUCUCCUACAGUUUACAUCACAAGACAUGGCGCGGUCCAUUCUGAUUGCUCUUCUGUACGGGUUCACUGUCUGCAGUGCUGCUCCACGGAAAGUAGUGGAGUUAAACGAUAUUCCCAAAGUGCAACUGUCAGGCGAUGGGGUAUCCACAUCUUUCGGUGGUUACCACGCCAGUGCGGGGUUAGGAGGAAGUCUGGACGGAGGCCCUGCUGGGGGGCUGUUUGCCGAGGCAGGUACCCCAGACGGUACUGGUGCUUCUGCCGGUCUGGGAGGUUCAGUGGGCUCUAAAGGCGUUCACUUUAGCCAGGCUGGCUUCGGGGACGGAACCGCAUCGGAAAGCGAUUCCUUAUCGUCGUCUUCAGCUGGGGCCGGCAAUCACGUGUCCCGUCCAAACAAAAGACCGGCCGAAUUCUACGACAAUAUAUUCAACAUUCCCAUCUCAGUGCUGCAGGCGGUCAAUCAGCUGUUAGGUGGUGCACCAGCGAAUGGCGGCUCCAAGGCGGUACACACUCGUGCCAGCGCCAUAUCAAGCUCGGCGUCCAGUGCUCAUACAGCGGGAGAAGGAAAUGGCUCGGCGGAUUCACCACGGAGGACAUUUUUCGAUGACGUAUUCAAUGUAAUUUCCUCCAUCUUUCUCCUCUUCUCCUUUGGCAGUAAUUCUUUCUUAAAUUCAACAUUUAUUUUCCUCCUGUUUUCAUUAUUUUUCUUCUAUCGUUCUGAACUUCUUUCCUUAUUUACUCACCCCCUUCAUCGCUUCAUUUUGUCCUUCCAGCUUUAAAUGGAUUCUCCUUCUCUCAGUUUUUCCUUUUUCUUUUGUUUUUUUUCUUAUCUCUUCCUUGUCCCUCGUUCUCUGUUUCCUUAUUUCGUCUCCCUCUUACCUUCCUAUAUUCUCUACACAGUUAGUGUUCCAUGAAUUUCAUUAACAAGUCUGUACUUUAGCAUACUUACCAGGUUAUGCAUACAGAAACGGCACUGAUAGUCAGUUAACACUUGCAGUUACAGAGAUAAAACACUUUACGUAAAGUGACAGAGGACUUGUGUUGUGACGUCAUCAGCAUCUGAUCCUGAAGAGAGCUUUGUUUAGUUUAAUGGAAUCUGAAUCUGAAGAGCUAGUCAAUACAGCAAAAUCACUGUUUAACUACCUGAACAGGAAACAUGGCAAAUUUCUAAACGUCAUAAAUAUUAAUUAUUUCGAGUAUUUUACAUACAAACAACCAAAGUCAAUAACAAAAGUUAUUUUGAAGGUCAUGUUUAUAUAUAUAUAUAUAUAUACCGCGAAAUUUUCAAACUUCAUAAUGAUCAAAAGCAAUCUCAUGAGAAAAAAGUUUCCUUCCUUCAAACAUUAUUUCUACCAUCAACAGUUAUGUAACUACCCAUCAGCUUCUAACAAACUGGACUCUGAGUCACCUCUUUCGUUGCUGUGCAUAUGAGUUUUGUGAUGCCGCCUGUGUAUUAUUAUAGCAAUUAGUAACGUGGCAAGAUUUUUAAAAAUGCCUUACGUCCGACGAGGUUUGGGAUUUCCACCGUGAUGAGUAAACAGAUGACUCUUUUCUGAGAUCUACCACUGUUUAGUCUGGUAAAUAUUGACUAACGUGUCGCCGAAAUGUACUGCCUCCAUCAUCUGGGUGAUAUUUAUCAACUACCUUGAUAAUGGAGGCAGUGACAUCAGUCUGAAGGAGACAGUGUGCUACUCUGAAACGUCCUUCAGUAUCUACCGGACAACCCA